AUGGGUGAGCAGCACACUGCCAAUAAGCAUUACGCGAUCCUCAUUGGCAUCGAUUCUUAUCCCACGGCACCUUUGACGAGCUGUGUACGAGAUGUUAGUAUAAUUAAAGAAUGCCUCGUCAACACGCUGUAUUUUGUCAAUAUCCAAACCUUCACGGCCGGCAAGGAUCUUGACUCCGAACCCGUAACGCCGCUCAAAACUCCGAACAGCUGGCCGACGUGCGGUAACGUAAUAUCGGCUUUGACUUCUAUCACAACCCAAGCGAACGAUGGUGACUUCUUUUAUCUCCAUUAUUCUGGCCAUGGUACUAGAUCGGACCCAAGUUAUCCUUUUUCGAAUCAUUCAACCGGAGACUUAGCGCUGGUUCUCCUGAAGGGAGAUAAGAGCGGCACGGAAUUCUUUCGUGGUCCAACGUUGGCUUCCCUUCUCAAACGCAUGGUAGAUAAGGGAGUAGUGGUUACUGUCGUCUUAGACUGCUGCUUCUCUGGGAGUGUAUAUCGCAAUAGCGGCUGCAGCGUUCGGUAUCUCCCGCCUAGCUCUGUGACAACCUCGACGACUUCAUUUGACUUAAACGAUGGCCUCACAAGACAUGUCAUCUAUACUACAAGCCGAGAUGCGUCUAUGCGAGACAACUGGCUUCUGGAUCCGGAUCGGUAUACUAUACUUGCCGCGUGCGGACCUCAUGAAAACGCUAAGGGGGGAGCAAUUGAAAUGAGCGAAAAAGGAGAACGAUAUGGAGCGUUGUCCUACUUUCUUUCCAAAACAUUAUCCUACUAUGGGCUUAGAAGGAAACACAUGGGCAUUCAUCGCCAUCUGUGUGCCAGAUUCUGGGAAUCACGCGUGUCACAACAUCCUGUUUUGUAUGGAAACGGACACCAAGGUUUCUUCGGCCAGGUCGAUCUGGAUCAUGACGUGAAGUCUAUCUGCAUAACCGAACAUGAAGGGAAGUUUUGUAUCCCCGUAGGCCGAGCACAUGGCCUCCGUGACGGGGACCGGUUUGCUAUAUCUCCCCUAGGAUCAGUAAACUUGCCGAGGGAAGAGAGAGACCUUAUAGCGAAGGCGGGAGUCACUUGCGUUGGGUCUCUCAUAUCCGAGUUGAAGCUUUUGGAUGCACCAUGCGGUCUCCAAACAGGGUGGACCGCAGAACCACUUACUUGCUCAUAUCUCGCCAAAUAUCCAGUUCAAUUGGGGACUAAUAUUUCACAUCGUGAUGAAUGGCAGACGCAGUUGAUGAGACGGUCUCUCGUCACUUUAGUCGACAGUCGUGAUCAACACCCAACGUUCCUGGUUGAGCUAAGCAAUAAUGAAUAUGAAAUAUUUGAUAAGCCUGGUCAGAAAAUUACCAACCUACCCCCAGUCACACUGCAAGAUCAAGCAGAUCCCAGCCGCGUUUGCGAUAUUCUAGAACACUUAGCUCGAUUCAACAUGGUGAAGGACUUGACUAAUGAGUCACCCAAAACUUCUUUUCGAAAGUCGUUUGAUAUCCAGAUAAUAGACCCGAAUAGAAAGUCAUUUGGCCCAGGCGAACAGAUAGAUGUUCAAGACAAUGAUGCUAUCAAGAUCGUUAUGAGGAACUUGGGGGAGACGGUUCUGUAUGUUCAUUUGUAUGACCUGGAUCCUUGUUGGGGGGUCAAGGGUAUGCUCCGUAGCGAUUACGAAGCCAUACCUCCACAAGAUCAUGCCAAGCGAUUUACAGGAUGCUCAACCAAAAAGAUCAGAAUGAACAAUCCUCUUGCGACGCAGGACUCAUGCGAGGAUAUAAUCAAGGUUUUCAUUACGUCCCUACCAACAUCGUUUGACAUGUUAGAGCUGCCCAAACUCCAUGAGCUUGCAAAGAGGAAUGUUAGAGAUAGGGUCACUCCGAGUUACGAUCACGUAUCUGAGGAUUGGAUAUCUUUACAAUUUCCUAUUCGCAUAUCACUGCCAAACAGUUAACCUGGUUAGCGACUCCUCAUUCAACUCUACGAACUGCGUAGUUGUUGGAUGCUGACAGUGGCUUACCUGCCUGCCUAGAUACAUACCUAGGUACCUGUAUCUAUUAGAUAUUAGAGAUAGACAUAAAAUAGGCCAUUC